UGUAAAAAAGUUAUGUGCAUGUUGGCCUUCUUCGAAGUAGCUGUGUCAUGCCAGUUGUGUAGAUUCAGAUCUGUACUACGUAACCAAUAUCAGUAUAAUCUAGGAUACUAAGAAGAAAUUGUGUGUCUGUUAUUAGUGUUUCGGUUUAUUUCAAGUAAAGCAGUAGUUCGUGCAUAAUGGUUCAUAAAGUUAGAGUUUUUGUAGUAGGCGUUGGUAUGACAAAGUUUGAGAAACCUGGCAGAAGAGAUGAUUUUGAUUACCCUCAAAUGGCGAAAGAAGCUGUAACAAAGGCCUUGAAUGAUGCUGGGUUGCAGAUAUCUGACAUCAAACAGGCUUGUGUUGGUUAUGUGUAUGGAGAUUCAACAAGCGGACAGCGAGCGCUGUAUGAGAUUGGCAUGACUGGAAUGCCUGUAUAUAAUGUUAACAACAAUUGCUCGACCGGGUCAACAGCUCUGAUCAUGGCCAAACAACUUCUAGAAUGGGUCCUAGCGCUGGGAUUUGAAAAAAUGGAAAGGGGGUCUCUUUCUUCAAAGUUUCUUGACCGAACAAAUCCGAUGGAUAAACAUGUUGAAGUAAUGGCUGAAGUUGCUGGCAUAAACAAUACUCCGAUCGCUGCGCAAAUGUUCGGUAAUGCUGGUAAAGAGCACAUGGAGAAAUACGGAACAAAACUAGAACAUCUUGCAAAAAUUGCGUACAAAAAUCACAAACAUUCAGUAAACAACCCCUAUUCUCAGUUUCAAGAAGAUUAUAGUUUGGAACAAAUCUUGAACUCGCCGCGUGUCUUUGGUCCUUUGACUAAGCUUCAGUGCUGUCCUACAUCUGAUGGAUCUGCUGCAGCUAUCUUAGCAACAGAAGAUUUCGUUCGUGCACAUGGGUUAGAGGCACAAGCUGUCGAGAUUCUUGGAAUGGAAAUGGCCACAGAUUUGCCAUCCACUUUCAAUGAACGCAGUUGUAUGAAAAUGGUUGGUUAUGAUAUGACCAAGAAAGCCGCUGACACAUUGUUUAAGAAGACCAACUAUAAACCACAGGAUGUUGAUGUGGUCGAACUACAUGACUGUUUCUCGGCUAAUGAACUUAUUACCUAUGAAGCUCUUGGUCUGUGUGAACCUGGAAAGGCAGGCGAAUUAAUCGACUCUGGAGAUAAUACGUAUGGCGGCCAGUACGUAAUCAAUCCUAGCGGAGGUCUUAUUUCCAAGGGCCAUCCUCUUGGUGCUACUGGUUUGGCGCAAUGUGCGGAGCUCUCCUGGCAACUACGCGGCAUGGCAGGAAGGCGACAAGUGCCAAAAGCAAAACUAGCUCUUCAACACAACAUCGGACUCGGAGGAGCUGUUGUUGUCGCCCUGUACAAACUUGGUUUUCCUGGGGCUACCGAAGGAAGAUCUGUUGGAUUGAAUUAUGCCAGCGCAGUUGUUGAUCCAGAUGAUUUUAAGGCCUCAGUUUUAUUCAAAUCGUUGGAGGCGGCUAUGCAGUCAGAUGAAGAUAAUCUGGUAGAGAGAGCGAGAGGAGUGUACGCCUUCAAAGUGCGGAAUGGUCCAAACGGCAAGGAAGGUUACUGGAUUGUGAAUGCAAAGACUGGCAAAGGAAGUGUGGAGUUUAACGGCAAAGCCAAACCUGAUGUCACAUUUAUAAUGGAUGAUGCCGAUGUUGUCGAUUUAAUUUCGGGAAAGUUGAACCCGCAGAAGGCGUUUUUCCAAGGAAAGAUAAAAAUACAGGGCAAUAUGGGUAUGGCAAUGAAGUUGCAAGAUCUUCAGAGACGUGCGAAGAACAGAAUUGAAGAAUUCAGGUCCAAAUUGUAAAUGUAUGGAAUUUAGUCAUUCCAAGUACUACAUCGGGUGGAAGGUAAUGUUUGUACGUACUGUACUGGUAAUAGACUGUAUAUAUGUGCAUAUGAAUUUCUUGAUAUUUUGAAAGCUGGAGCAUUGAACUUGCAUACUGGAUGUGAAGGAUACAAAAAGCAUAGCUUUGCAGAUUUGUAGAAUUUCGAGAAAAUUUUCAAACAUACUGUGUUCUUAAAAAGUUGCUCUGAGGGUCCAUAUAACAAAUUAACUACCGUGUUCUCGUGUGGCAGAGUACGUAAAGACAUUAUCGUACAGAUUGGAUCAACCAGAAGUUUACCAAGGAUGAAAGAAAUAAGGAAAUGUUGCUGAAUAAUAUUUUCUGAAUUUAAAUUUUACAAAGUAACGCACAGUUCGUACUCUUGAUUCUAUGCUGUGUGACACACAAGCUACUGUAAGGGAAGAACUAAUUAUUGAAGUGUUGGUGGACCUAAAUGGGAUAUUGUAGUUAGUAAACGACAAGUGACGUUUGUCAUCCUGGAAAUUCAUUAUUUUCCAAGAAAAGGGUAGAAAUGUAGCCUGCCCAGAAAGGUUUUUUUUUUUGAGCUGAUGCUUUGCUAUAAUGUAUGUACGCUAUGCAACUUCUCUUGUAGAGAAUGCAGCAAUAUUACAUCUUAUGGACAUAUAUACAGUAUUUUAUAUUUUUGGUAUAUCUUCGAUUACAUCCGUGAUAUUAAAAAUGUAAUGAAAUAACUAACCUUGUGCAAUUGAGAUUUAUGGGAAGGGUGAUAUUUUCUAUUUUUAAUUCUGUUCCCCACGGGUGCCCAAUUUGUUUUGAAUGAUGGCCAGAGCUGAAAAGUUAGUGUCAUAUGUUUUCUAAUUCAUUUGUAAUUUCAAUAUGGCAUAAUUUUACAGACUGAGAAUCAGUACCUGUGCAUAAGUCUAAAGCGGCCCAUCCACGUACGAGUCCGGCACGGCUCGGGUUCCAUCGAGCCAAACUCGUUUGUGGGUGGGGUAUCAGGACCGAGUCUGCUAUGCAUGUGUAGUGAAAUAUAUCCCAGCCCGGCUCACGAGUCAAGCUCGCCGAGCCAGACUCGUACGUGGAUGGGCCGCUUAACUGUGAUGCAACUGUUAACGUUACUGCAAGCUGUUCAGAUGUAUUUACUGUAAGGCCGUACAUUUUUGUAACAUUGCCUAGAAUCUCAUUUCUUAACUUUUGUUUUGGCUGAUUAUAGUUUCUUAUCUGUCUGUGGUUAAGAGCUGAUACUCCUCCAUAUAAGUUGGUAUGACAUGUGCUGUUUGAUAGUGAUCAAUUCCAGUGGACCAAAUUCUGCGUCUGGCCUCAUAUGUUGGGCGUAUCUAAAUAUACGUAUCUGAUAUCUUUAUAUACUCUGCUGGUAAUGCUCUGGUAUUGGUCUUUGUAAGUGAUCAAUGUAAAAUAAGUCACUUUGUUCAAGUGUUUUGCCUGUUCAUAAUAACCAUUUUCAUAGAAUUAGUAAACCACAAAAUAAGCUGGGUAGCUCAGUCAGUUAGUGACUGGCUACGGACUGGAUGACCGGGGUUCGAUCCCCGAUGGGGGCAGAGGAUUUUUCUAGCCUCUGCAUCCGUACUGGCUCUGGGGCCCACCCAGCCUCCUGUCCAGUGGGUACCGGAAGGGGGGAGUUUCCCCAGGGGUAAAGUGUGGCCGGGCCAUGAUGCUGACCACUCAUCCCCCUUUGGUGCUGGGGUUGAGAAUCCAUAGGAGCUGUACCGCCCCUCCCCCUGAGUUCCUACAUGGCACAUACUGGGGUAGCUUUACUUUCCUUUACUUUUAGUGAAGCACAAAAUUAUUGUUUUGAUUCUAAACAAUUUCAAACUAAUAAAUAUUGUUUUGACAUUUUAUUUGGUGAUAAGUGAGAUACUAAUAUAAUUUUUUUGGAGACGGGUGUCUUCUGCGCUGUUGCGCCACGUAGUCUGUUAGAAGUUUACUGAUGUUUCAUCGCCCUGAUGAUGGAGGCAGUAAGGACCUCUGAAACAUCAGUAAACUUCUACCAGACUACAUGGCGCAACAACACAGAGGAUAGCCAUCUUCGGACUCGCUGCUUUGGAAACCUCAAAUCCUACAUAAAUUCUUUGUCAAGUAAUGAUGAUAAAAGACUUGUCACUAGUGCACAGAUUUGUUAAUAUUAUUCCAGAAAUUAGGUUAUAAUAUUUUCAUAUCUAUGUGUAAUUACAUCGUUACCUAAUAUCAGGACAAACUAUGCUCCGUCCUGUGGUUAUCAGUACUGAAACAAUUUCAGACUUUUCCUUCUGUUUCAAUUAACGUUAAAUAUGUAAUUGUAGCAUUCCUUGUUGGGGCAAUGUAUCAAGAUGAUGUGUUAGUGUUAUUAAAUGUUUGUAUCGUAUUUUAAUGCUGCGUCACAGGUAUUUACCUCUUACACAGAGAGAUAAAGUGACGCAGUGAGCUGUUCGUUUGUAGGGAGCCUGCUUAUUAUUUAGUUAAUUAACAGACAGUAUAGUAUUUUUACUAUAAUAUGUCCUACCUGUUCAAAUGACUUUCUCAUAUAUGUGUUACAAUUUUUGUUGAGGAAGGAGUAUUUUCAUUGGGUUAUGAAGAAAAUAAAUCGGUACAUACAC